GCAAACGGGAAGGAUAGAGUCUUUUCCUGUCCCCGUCCAGUUUACUUUCCGAUCACAUGAAGGGAAUAUUCUAGACACAAAUGGGAAUAAUGACAAGCUAUUCCUGGAGUCUUCUACCUGGGACCUGCCGGUUGGCCUCCCUCUGUUAUUUGGGAUUCCCCCUGCCUGGCUGGUUGCGAUGGUAAACGAGCGGUUCCGGACCUGGGACCCCGAGUUCGAUGAACGCCUCAUUAACGUGAACGUGGGCGGUCUGAAGCGAUCGCUGAGCUCCAGCACCCUCUCCCGCUUCCCGGACACCAGGCUGGGCCAACUGCUGGCCUGCGAGUCCGAGGAGUCCAUCCUGCAGAUAUGCGACGACUAUGAUGUGAGCGCGCGGGAGUUUUACUUUGACCGUAACCCCGGCCUCUUCCCCUACGUCCUGCACUUCUACCAGACGGGCAAGCUCCACAUCAUGGAGGAGCUGUGCGUCUUCUCCUUCUCCCAGGAGAUUGAGUAUUGGGGCAUCAACGAGUUCUUCCUGGACACCUGCUGCAGCUACCGCUACCACGAGCGCAAGACGGAGAGCCGGCGGCGCAACUGGGACGAGGACAGCGAUGUGAGCAGCAUUGACACCUCUCCUGAUGAGAUCUCCGACUUCAACCACGACCUGUUGCGCUUCGAGUCCAUGAGGUACGGGAACUACAGGAAGCAGAUGUGGCUGACCUUGGAAAAUCCCGGCUACUCCAUCCCCAGCCGUCUCUUUAGCUUCCUGUCCAUCAGUGUGGUCCUGGGCUCCAUCGCCACGAUGUGCAUCCACAGCAUGAGCGAGUACCAGCUCCUCGACCAGGACCAGAACCAGAUGGAUGACCCCAGGCUGCAGAUCGUGGAGCACUUCUGCAUCGCCUGGUUCUCCAUGGAGGUGUGCGCCCGCCUGCUUCUCGCCCCCAACCUCAAACGCUUCUUCAUGCACCCGCUCAACAUGAUCGACAUCGUGUCCAUCGGGCCCUUCUACUUCACGCUACUGGUGGACCUGGUGGUGGGCAAAUCCACUGACCUGGGAAACCUGGGCAAGGUCAUCCAGGUGCUCCGCCUCAUGAGGAUCUUCAGGGUGUUAAAGCUCGCCCGGCACUCCACAGGGCUCCGCUCACUGGGAGCCACAUUGAAGCACAGUUACCGUGAGGUGGGAAUCUUACUGCUGUACCUGGGCGUCGGGGUCUGUGUCUUCUCGGGGAUGGCGUACACGGCAGAGAAGGACGAGGACGUGGGCCUGGACACCAUCCCGGCGUGCUGGUGGUGGGGCACAGUCAGCAUGACCACCGUGGGCUACGGCGACGUAGUGCCCACCACCGUGGCUGGAAAACUGGCCGCCUCCGGCUGCAUCCUGUGUGGCAUCCUGGUGGUGGCUCUGCCCAUCACCAUCAUCUUCAACAAGUUCUCCCACUUCUACCGGCGGCAGAAGGCGCUGGAGGCCGUGGUCAGGAAUAGCCGGGUGCGAGACCCCGGGGAAGCAGAAGAGGGGGACGGAGAGGAGGGGGAGAGAGAGGCGGUGGAGGGAGAGGAGGAGUGCGGCGCAGGGGGAAACCAGGAACGGACAGACAAUUGGGUAACGGAGUCCGUCAGGCAGUGACCGGCCAAAUUGCAGGGUUAAAACAAUCUAUAUUAGAUUACGGCAUUUUACGGCAGGAGGAUUCGGAAUAAAUAAGGACUGUGUUCCCCACUGAUCAGGAGCACGAUGCAGGGCUAGCUUUAUUCGAGGCCGCAGUUGCUUUAUCUGAGGCCUCAGUUGCUUCGAUUGUGGGGGUUGCCCCCACAAUCGAAGCAACUGAGGAUGUAACUGUUAAAUCAAUACUCCGCUAAUCACUGUGGUUGUGAGUAUUUACCUGCAGUUAGAGGCAGACUCUCUGUGCAUGCUGUGCAUAUUGUAUAACAGCAUUGUAUUCAAUAAAGGAUGGA